UUCCGCUGGCUGCAUGUCCGGUCCGCGUGCACGCUCGCGCAUCCCGCCUGUGUGCAGCGAGCCAGCCAGUAAUCGUCGCGGAGAUUGGGCUUGCGGCCGAGGCUGAGGCCGAGUCGGAGCCCCGGUUUUCCAGCCUGGUGGAGCAGCUGAUUGGCAAGUGUGCCAACUGUCCAGUGUUUCCUGGCUCCUACUCUGCCAGUCUCUCUCUCCUGGGAAGAUGUUCCUGGUGGGCCUAACGGGAGGCAUUGCCUCAGGCAAGAGCUCCGUCAUCCAGGUGUUCCAGCAGCUGGGUUGUGCUGUGAUUGAUGUAGACGUCAUUGCCCGGCACGUCGUCCAGCCAGGGUACCCGGCUCACCGGCGUAUCGUAGAGGCCUUUGGCACUGAAGUCUUGCUGGAGAACGGCGACAUCGACCGCAAGGUCCUUGGAGACCUGAUCUUUAACCAGCCUGAUCGUCGGCAGCUCCUCAACUCCAUCACUCAUCCUGAGAUCCGCAAAGAAAUGAUGAAGGAGACCUUCAAGUACUUUCUCCGAGGGUACCGCUACGUCAUUCUGGACAUCCCCCUCCUGUUUGAGACCAAGAAGCUGCUCAAGUACAUGAAGCAUACCGUGGUAGUGUACUGUGACCGAGAUACACAGCUGGCGCGCCUGAUGAAGCGGAACAACCUGAAUCGUGAGGAUGCAGAGGCAAGGAUCAACGCCCAGCUGCCCCUGAAGGACAAGGCCCGCAUGGCCAACCACGUUCUGGACAACUCGGGGGAGUGGAGCCUCACCAGACGCCAGGUCAUCCUCUUGCAUGCCAAGCUGGAACGCUCCAUGGAGUACCUGCCACUGAGGCUCGGGUUCCUAACGGGCCUAGCAGGCAUUGCCAGCCUCCUUUACCUGCUCACCCGUUACCUCCUGCCCUCUCCUUAACUGGGUACACCAAGGCAGCAAGGCUUAGGCCUCCUCCUUAGAGACCUAAGUCAGGUACCACGUCCUCAACACUACAUUCACUCAUCCAGUCUGGGACUCAGCAGAAAGAACUCACUAUCAGGUGCCCCUUCCCUCCCUCCCUAGAGCCCCUCAUCCCUAGUGCCCCUCAGAACAAUACCCACGGUGGCAGAACAGCGGUCUCUGUGGCCCUCACCACGGUUACAACAAUGUAGCCCACAGUUUCUUGGGCUUGAGCCCUCUUGGGGCAUCUGCCCUAUC